AUGUCGUCCUCGAGUGGUGACUCCGACGAGGGGGAGACAGUCACUGGCCGACUCAGGCCCGACAUGGAGAAGGUAAAAGCGAAGCUGCGCAACCUGCCCACGCUGGAGCGGCUGCUGGCGGAGAAGGAUCCUAAUGAGUACACAGAGGAGCAAAUGGCCACCGCGACCACCUUCAUCGAGGCAAUUACAGACGCACAGCCGUCGUCGGUGCAGCAGAUUGAGCAGCUGCUGCGCAAGCUCAUGAAGAAGCACCGUGCGGUGGCGAAAAAGUCGCUGCUCCUCGCGGCGUACCGGAAGUGGCUGCUGGCGGAGGAGAUGCGGACCAUCAGCCCGGUGCUGGAGCAGUACUUCGUCUCCAAGGCGCCGCGUAGUCAGUCCGGUGUGCUUGUUGUGACCGUCUUCACAUCCCCGUACCCGGAGGGGCAGAAGUUCAGCUGCAAGUGGAACUGCUACUACUGCCCCAAUGAACCGGGGCAGCCGCGGAGCUAUUUGCUGAACGAGCCUGGAGUGCGGCGGGCGAACCGGCUGCAGUUCGACGCCUACCGCCAGUUUCAGGACCGCGUCAACUCGCUGGUGGCGAUUGGCCACCCCGCGGACAAGGUGGAGUUGCUUGUGCUGGGUGGUACGUGGGAAAGCUACCCGCUGUCAUACCGUGAGUCUUUCAUGCGUGACCUCUUCUACGCCGCCAACACACUGUAUGACGGCACUGAGGACGCUGCGCUGGCCGGCGACGCCGAUGCGCAGCAGCUGAGACGACCACGACCUCCACUUGACUUGCUGCAGGAGCAGUUGUUGAACGAAACCGCUAGGUGUAAAAUUAUUGGUGUCACCUUGGAGACGCGCCCUGAUACGGUGAACGAGGACAUGCUAAAGCAGCUCCGACGGUUCGGCUGCACACGUGUGCAGCUUGGCGUGCAGCACACCGAUGAUGCGGUGUUGUUAGCCGUGAACCGUCAGUCCACACGGGAAGACGCUGCGCGUGCCAUCAAGCUCCUGAAAGACAGCUGCUUCAAGGUUGACAUUCACCUUAUGCCAGACUUGCCAGGAUCCACUCCAGAGAAUGAUAAAAAAAUGUUUGACGACGUCCUCAAUGCCCCAGAGCUGCAGGCAGAUCAGUGGAAGAUCUACCCCUGCCAGACGACACCAUUCACGGUGAUUGAGCAGUGGUUCAAGGACGGCACAUACCAGCCGUACGGCCUGGACAACUUGAUUGAUGUCAUUAUGUACGCCAAGCGGCAGGUGCAUCCAUGGGUGCGCCUGAAUCGCGUCAUACGUGACAUCCCGCACGACUACAUUCUCGGUGGCGUGGAGGUGUCAAACCUGCGCCAGCUAUUGGCGCUGCGCCUCGCACGGGAAGGCUCGCGUUGUCAGUGCAUUCGCUGCCGCGAAGUGAAGGGCGACGCGGCUGCUGCGUCGAAGCUUGACGGGGCGACGCUGGUGGAACGUCGCUACGCCGCCAGCGAGGGCGAGGAAGUAUUCGUGUCGUACGAGACGGCCGACGGCACGACGCUUUUCGGGUUCCUGCGCUUGCGUCUUCACAUACGCGAGUGGGACACGCCCUUUGAUGAGCUCCGCUCGUGUGCGCUGAUCCGUGAGCUACACGUGUACGGCCGGCUCGUGCCGACGCACGUGGAGGCGGAUGCGGCGAAGGCGCAACACCGCGGCGUGGGCACGCUGCUGCUGGAGCGGGCGGAGCGCAUUGCGAGGGCGGAGGGGUACAGCAAGAUCGCUGUCAUCAGCGGCGUUGGGGUGCGCAACUACUACCGCCGCAAGGGGUAUGCUAUGGCAGCGCCCACGAGCUGUGGUGCAUUUCUGGUGAAGGAGCUGCACGGUGAUGGGGACCAGCGCGACGAGGACGUCGGCAAUAACAACAGCCGCACCGCCAGGGACGCUGCUGAGGAUGCUGGCGUCAACGAGGCGGGCACUGCCGGUGCUGCAGAGGGGGACGAGACCGCCACGGGUGGCUGGUGGCACCGCAUAGGUUCGCUCUGGAGACGCUUCAAGCGGCCCCGCGAGAAGGACUAA